GAGACUGGGUUGGGUUGAGUCUAUUAUGAUUGGGCCGAAGUGGAGGCCCUGAAGAAGAUGGGCCAUGUUGUAAUUUGAAUUUGUAAAGCGAAAGGGAGGAACCCUGGGCAAGGGAAACGGCGUUCGGAGAUGGAAGGAAAAGCUGAAUCGAGAAAAAUGGGGUGGGAGAGCUACGUGGUGGUGCACAACAUAGCGAAGAGGCACAACGUGGGAACGCUGGCUCGCAGUGCCACCGCGUUUGGCGUCUCAGAACUCAUCCUCGUUGGCCGUAGAGAUUUCAACUGUUUCGGCAGCCAUGGUUCCUCCUCCCACCUCCGAUUUCGACACUUCCACUCACUCCACGACGCUCGCAACUUCCUCAAAGACAAAGGCUGCGAUAUUUGCGGCGUUGAGAUCACAAACGACGCUCUCCCUGUCAACCACCACCCUUUCAAGAAGAGCACCGCAUUCCUACUCGGCAACGAGGGCCAAGGUCUUUCUCCUAAGGAAAUUCAGAUAUGCGACUUUUUCGUCUAUAUUCCUCAGUAUGGUGCCGGCACUGCUUCCUUGAAUGUCACUGUAGCUGCUUCCAUUGUACUCCAUCAUUUCGCAGUCUGGGCUGGUUUUGAAGAGAGAUCUCGUGAUGGAAAUAAAUUUGUUGUGGCUGAGAGACCCGUAAAACAGGGACGACGUAAUUACUGCACUGAAACAGAUGAUUCUAUCAUUCAAGAGCGUAAAGCUAGAAGAGAAAGUGCUGCCAAUGGUUUCUUUGAUGAGGCUGAGAGUGGCAAUUCAUCUUCGAACCUCCUUGAUGCAUUAUUUGUUGAUGGCUGAUGGAAAAUGUGAUUCCUUGACUGUCAUGAUUAAUUGAUCUUUGGGAUCGAAGGUCGAGGGCUUUAAGGCAUCAGUUGCAACAGAGGAGAACCAACAUCUUGGAGAAAGCGGACUAUUACAUAGCUUGUGUUAUAUAUGUAGCAUUUCAAACGAAAUCAUUUUCUGGGGGAAGGCAGCUACUGAGAUUAGGUGUGUAUAUAGUAAUUUAUGAUGAGUUUGCUGCAACUGCCGCCAGUUACAGGACAUGAAGUUAAAGCCAGCCUAUAUUGUUUUUGUAACAUGAUACUGACAUUUGCUUUCAGGAUGAGACACAUCGUUGACCCCUUUUACCGUUUUUUGUAUUUGUCCCUUUUCAACUGUUACUUAUUAUAUUUGAGAUAGUAAAGAAGAGAACACCUGCAUCCAAGUUCAAGGUUCAAAUCGUGGGUGACUCUCUGGUGGGGUCCUGCAGUAGUUGGUUUGGUCAAUAAAUAAGAUUGACUACUGAAUAUGUUUCUUGUAAACAUGCUGUGAAACAAAGAACGUCGCGAUGUAUUCAGUCCCCUUUGUGAAAACUUAGCAUUUGUGAGAGGCAAGGGAAAGGGAGAGGUAACAUAAAAUUUAUGGAAUGUGCAUUAUCCUAAGACCUCUUCCAAAUAAUUUGUCAAACUCAACAGUUAUAUAAUGAAUGGUAUUCAUCGUUUGU